AUUUUGUGGGAUCCAUCCCACAAGCUUCAUUUUAGAAAGCAAUAUAGGGAAGAUGCUUGGAGAGCAAUAUCAGAGGAGUUUAAUAUUUCAAAAGAAGACUUUAAAAAAAAAAUUCAAAAUCUUCAAUCUUCAUACCGGCGAGAGAAACUAAAAAUUACAAAUAGCAGAAGUACCGGCAAAGGAAGAGAUGAAAUUUAUGUGAGCCGUUGGUUUGCUUAUGACGCUUUCAAGUUUCUGGAUAAUAAAUAUAAGCCAAGAAAGGGGCUUACAACGGAGAUGGAAGAGGAUGCUGUUGUUGAAAAUUGUUUAGACAGUGAAAGUGAACAUAAUCAAGUAGAGGAAAGCGAACAGAAUGAAGAGAAAGGAAGCCAACAGGAUGAAGAAAAAGAAAACAAACAGUACAAUACAUCGUUUAAUAAGAAAUUACGUGUGAAGAGUACUGAUUCAAUAAUAAAUGAUGCAUUUAAGAUUCUGAAGACAGCAUCAGAUAAUUUUAACAAAACGCCGCCUUCCGAUGAGAUGGAUUCGUUCUUAUCAUUUGUAAGAACAAAACUGAAAACUUAUCCGAGAGAAACUCAGCUAUCUUUUCAGCAUUCAGUUAUGGAAUUGCUAGUUAAAGCAGAUAAGGAAAUUUUGGACUCUCAAAAAAGAAGAGUAGAAUCUGAGACAUGUGUUCUGCAUUCUAUACAGUCCCCACGUGGUGAUUCCUGGAUAGAAUUCGAAUCCUCAACUGAAGAUGUACUUGAAUGACAAUAUCCAAUAUCAUUACAGUAGGAGAUCUGGCAUAUUUACCUCAAGUACUUUUUGUUUAUCAGUUCUUCUAAUUACAAUAUCAAAAUAGAAAUUCCAUUAAUUUUAUUGAUUGCAAUUUAAAAUAAAGAUUUUUGAGCUUGUAACUUUUGAAAAUUUUAUAUUACCAUAAUGUAUCCUCUUAAUCCAUUGAUGAGUGCUGUGCAGACUUCUGGUACUAUAUAUACAAUAGAUUGCUUAGAAAUCCUGAAUGUGUAUUGGAGGCUAGUAUAAGAAUCUCCUGUGGCAAGGAAUCGAAGUGUCACUGCCAACCUGAAAGAGUUCAUAUAUUUAAUAUCAUA